UUCCAGUCACAUGCUCUGCUUCUAUCAAAUGAUGGAGACUGUACCCUGGAAUAUACACUGAGCGCCACGCAGGAGAUCAGCGGUCCAUGUGACCCAGAUGAGGUCAUUAACGACCCAGUAGCUCUGGAGAUGGAAAAUACUAAAGGGAGGAUACCAGCCCGAACCAAGCUGAAACUGAGAAUAACAGCCCAUCCAGCCCGCAGACUCUCUUAUACCUGGAAAAUCAACUAUUGCCUCCUGUCCCCAAAAGCUCUGGAUCCUGCAAACAGAGUCACAGAAGAGCAGUUUCUGUGCAGUGUGACGGCACAAGGAGUCUACCCUACAUUCACUGUGGUGGAUGCAUGUCCAGCGGGCAGUGCCAGCGCCCUUACCACGACUCAGCUAUGGAGGCUUUUCUCACUGCAGAGACUGAAUUCCUGUCUGCAAAGUGACCCCACACCUCCAGAGCUAAUAUACAGGGUUCCUACUCAACACAGCAUUUGCAGAUGUCCCCCUGUAAACACCCCAGUCUUGCUGGACUUCAACUUCGGAGCUGCCCCGGUGGGCUCAGAGCCAUUUGUGGCCCUUCUUUUGCUGGAGAAUAAUGGCGUACUACCUGUGAAUUGGAACUUUUUAUACCCGGUGGACCAGCAGAUUGAGCUGGAGUUCUGGGCUGAAACUUGGGAGUUUGACCCUAGUGAGAUCCACCAGAUGAGAAUACAGGACAACAAGCUGUUUACAGUCAACCCAAAAUCGGGGAUGCUAAGACCCAGCCAG